AUGUGCGGAGCAAAAGAGAUCUACUGUUGCCAAAUCCAUUGUAUUCGGCCCAUCGGGUGGUAUAUCGUGGAACCAUGCGAGGCGUUCGUCAUUGCCAAUUCUCUCCUUACCCAGCACCCCGCCGGCAGCGGAAGUUGGAGUUGGAACUGGAAUACCAGCACAUGCGGGUGUUCCGUGCCGAGAGUCGUGCGAAGACAGAGGUGCCGGUAUCGGAGUUGUAUCACAUGCUGCUGGAGUACUCUCCAUUCAACAUUUACGGCGAUGCAGCAGUGGGCAAACGCUGCGAGAGAGUAUCCGGAGUGGUGGGCACAGAGUCAUGGAGACAAUCUGCUGUUCCGAAGAACCAAGAGGAGACUGAGGAGUGAAUACGACCAAUCUCGAAAGGAUAAGGGCAAGAAGCGGGCUAUUGAUGUUCAACAGGCGCUUCCUGCUGCGAACAGUGGCGAGCAGUGGUCAAGCCAUCCCGAGACGUUAGGAACACUUUCGAACCAGACAGAUGUGUUCGACUACUUGCCAAGAUCUUCCUUGGAGAACCCCUCGAAUAACUACCAAAGCAUAUCCAACUCAAAUCUCUAUCCUUCGUCUUCAGCAGUAAGCAGACAAGUCUGGAGUGACGGGCCGGGAGAAAGGUUUCCGACCGCACAAGGGCUUCUGGGAACGACUGGUGUGCCGGAGCUGGGUCAAGAAGCAGCGAGCACAGCCAACGCGUCUACCAUGUACCCUAAUUCAGAGUAUCAACUGGAUAUUUGGAGAGCAUAUGAGCCAUCACAACCUAAUUUGAUGUUUGAGCAAGUCUGGGGCGAGGGAGAUGCGACACAAUCAGAACGGCCGCAGCAUGAAGUCAUGCAACAAACUCCAAGUUUGAACAACGCGGUGCUCAAUCUCGACGAUCCAUUUUGGAAUGACAUGUUGGCAUUCGGCAGUGAAUUUGCGUUGGGGAGUGAUACGGACACUGGUGAAGGCGGCAGCAAUAAUCCGGCGCAUUCUCUGCUAUAG